GCGCUUCUGAGAGAGCUCCAGGCGCCACCUCAGCCUGCUGAGGCGCACGGGAGCCGGGCCCCGGAGGCCCGACGGCGCGGCCGGGAUGUGGGACCCGCAGGAGUUUGAACGCCACUGGCAGGCCGAGUUCCCCGGGGAGGAGGCUCCAGUCAUGAGGCUGGAGUCGGUGCCGGACAUGGAGCGUGAGCUCGAGCGUUGCAAACUCAACCUGAAGCGGCUGCAACAGGUGUUGGCGGAGGAGAAGUUCAAAGUCUGGUACCUGCAGGCGGCCCUGAAUGGAGAGAAGGUGGAUCUACGGGGCGGCCGGCCCGAGGGCGGGGACGCCGGAGGCCGCGGCGGCAGUGGCGGCGUCAGCGGUAGCGGGGGAGCCUCGGUGGAGGAGCAGGAGCCAGCUGGGCCCUUGCACGCGCCGCCACUGCGCGACGAGGAGGGUGCAGCGGGCCGCGACCCAGAUCUCCCAGGUCCGGAGGUGGCUACACCGGCCGAGGCAGCUCCCUACGUGUGCCUGGACCUUCCUGCCUGGCCCGGGGCGAUGGAGGGAGGGGGCGCCGUGCGCAGUCUAACGGCCGCCAUCCACCAGCAGCUGGUGCAGCCUCGCCUGCUUUUCGGACUCCGCGAGGACUGUGUGCCCCCCGGCCGCGAUGGCACGGGGUCAUCCGCACCUGGAGAGGAGCGCUCCUCCGGGACCCAUGCAGGGCGGGGCUCGGAGGAAGGCGAACCGGACGCUUCAGGUGGGGAUGAUGGAGGCGACGGCAGUGACCAUGACUUCGAGAUGGUGGAUUUGAAUGAGAAAUUCGUCCUCGGCCACCUACUUGUGGCCCCCUACCGGUUUGGGACCCGCGAUGAGGUCGAGAAGCCGGCGCGGCCGUGCAGCCCCCACCGGUGGAUGCACUUGAUCCCAGGAGGCUGGCGGCACCACCGGCGGAGUCGAGACCUGGAGCAUCUGGAGGCGGAGGAUGAGCCCCCAAGGCGCGGGGCGCGGGAGCAUCUCGCCCAGUGGGGGCGCAAGAGGUUCCUGCGCGUGCCGGACCGAGACUCGCCCAGUCACAGCUCGCCCGAGAGAGGCAGUGACUGCAGCCACAACAGCUCAGACCACGAAGACGGCUUCUCCGCAGACUUCAGCUACGGUGCCGAGGACUACGACGCAGAGGGGCAUGAGGAGCAGAAGGGGCCCCCUGAGGGCUCGGAGACCAUGCCAUACAUCGACGAAUCACCCACCAUGUCGCCCCAGCUCAGCGCUCGCAGCCAGGGUGGUGGGGACAGCAUCUCACCCACCCCACCUGAGGGGUUGGCACCUGGGGUGGAGGCAGGGAAGGGCCUGGAGAUGAGGAAGCUCGUUCUCUCAGGCUUUCUGGCCAGUGAAGAAAUCUACAUUAACCAGCUGGAAGCCCUGUUGCUGCCCAUGAAACCCCUGAAGGCCACAGCCACCACCUCCCAGCCCGUGCUCACCAUCCAGCAGAUUGAGACCAUCUUUUACAAGAUACAGGAUAUUUACGAGAUCCACAAGGAGUUCUACGACAACCUCUGCCCAAAGGUGCAGCAAUGGGACAGCCAAGUCACCAUGGGCCACCUUUUCCAGAAGCUGGCCAGCCAGCUUGGCGUGUACAAAGCAUUUGUGGAUAACUAUAAAGUCGCUCUGGAGACAGCUGAGAAGUGCAGCCAGUCCAACAACCAGUUCCAGAAGAUCUCUGAGGAACUCAAAGUGAAAGGACCCAAGGACUCUAAGGACAGCCAUACAUCAGUCACCAUGGAAGCUCUGCUCUACAAGCCCAUUGACCGAGUCACUCGGAGUACCCUGGUCCUACAUGAUCUGUUGAAGCACACACCUGUGGACCAUCCAGACUACCCACUGCUUCAGGAUGCCCUCCGAAUCUCCCAGAAUUUCCUGUCUAGCAUCAAUGAGGACAUUGAUCCCCGCCGGACUGCAGUCACAACCCCCAAGGGGGAGACUCGGCAGCUGGUGAAGGACGGCUUCCUGGUAGAGAUGUCUGAGAGCUCCCGGAAGCUGCGGCAUGUCUUUCUCUUCACGGAUGUCCUACUGUGUGCCAAGCUGAAGAAGACCUCUGCCGGAAAGCAUCAGCAGUAUGACUGUAAGUGGUACAUCCCCCUGGCUGACUUAGUGUUCCCAUCCCCUGAGGAGUCAGAGGCCAGUCCCCAGGUCCACCCCUUCCCAGACCACGAGCUAGAGGACAUGAAAAUGAAGAUCUCUGCCCUCAAGAGUGAGAUUCAGAAGGAGAAAGCCAACAAGGGACAGAGCCGAGCCAUUGAGCGCCUAAAAAAGAAGAUGUUUGAGAAUGAGUUCUUGCUGCUGCUCAAUUCCCCCACAAUCCCGUUCCGGAUACACAACCGGAAUGGAAAGAGUUAUCUGUUUCUUCUGUCCUCUGACUACGAGAGGUCGGAGUGGAGAGAGGCCAUCCAGAAGCUACAGAAGAAGGAUCUCCAGGCCUUUGUCCUGAGUUCUGUGGAGCUCCAGGUGCUCACAGGAUCCUGCUUCAAGCUUAGGACUGUGCACAACAUCCCUGUUACCAGCAAUAAAGAUGAUGACGAGUCUCCAGGACUGUAUGGCUUCCUUCAUGUCAUCGUCCACUCUGCCAAGGGGUUUAAACAAUCAGCCAACCUGUACUGUACUCUGGAGGUGGAUUCCUUUGGCUACUUUGUCAGCAAAGCCAAAACCAGGGUGUUUCGGGACACGACAGAGCCCAAGUGGGAUGAGGAGUUUGAAAUUGAGCUGGAGGGGUCACAGUCCCUAAGGAUCCUGUGCUAUGAGAAGUGCUAUGACAAGACCAAGGUCAACAAAGACAACAACGAGAUUGUGGACAAGAUCAUGGGCAAGGGGCAGAUCCAGCUGGAUCCACAGACUGUGGAAACCAAGAACUGGCAUACGGAUGUGAUUGAAAUGAAUGGGAUCAAAGUGGAAUUCUCCAUGAAAUUUACCAGCCGUGACAUGAGCCUGAAGAGGACCCCAUCCAAAAAGCAGACUGGUGUCUUCGGAGUGAAGAUCAGCGUGGUGACCAAGCGGGAGCGCUCCAAGGUGCCCUACAUCGUACGACAAUGUGUGGAAGAGGUGGAGAAGAGGGGCAUCGAGGAGGUUGGCAUCUACAGGAUAUCAGGGGUGGCCACGGACAUCCAGGCACUGAAGGCCGUCUUUGAUGCCAAUAACAAGGACAUCCUACUGAUGCUGAGUGACAUGGACAUCAACGCCAUUGCUGGUACCCUCAAGCUCUACUUUCGGGAACUGCCUGAGCCCCUCCUCACAGACCGACUUUACCCAGCCUUCAUGGAGGGCAUCGCCCUGUCAGACCCUGCUGCCAAGGAGAACUGCAUGAUGCACCUACUUCGCUCCCUCCCCGACCCCAACCUCAUCACCUUCCUUUUCCUGCUGGAACACUUGAAAAGGGUUGCUGAGAAGGAACCCAUAAACAAGAUGUCACUUCACAACCUGGCCACUGUGUUUGGCCCCACGUUACUGAGACCCUCAGAAGUGGAGAGCAAAGCACAUCUCACAUCAGCUGCAGACAUCUGGUCCCAUGAUGUCAUGGCCCAGGUCCAGGUCCUACUUUACUACCUGCAGCACCCCCCCAUCUCCUUUGCAGAACUGAAGCGGAACACACUGUACUUCUCUACAGAUGUGUAGCCUGAGAUGGGCAGCUGUGGGGGUGGCCAGAGCCAGCCCUCCAGCCAGGGCCCAACAUAGACUUGAAAGACUGCAACAGAAACUCCCCAGCCUAGCACUCCAGAGUCCAAGGGAAGCCACCUUCCGAGAACUGGAACCUGUGCAGCUUUUGUGCCACCUUGUACAAAGCCAGCUGACCAGCCCCCAGCCUCCUCACCACACCCCAGCUCCUACCCUCUGUACCUUUGCGUGUGUCUGAUGCUCCGUGCUGUCCAAGAUUGUUUUAUGUAUAUUUGUGAUGCAGAAAAGGUAGUGGCCAAGCUGGUGUGGGCACAGACAGCCUGCUUUGUUCUUUCAUUUCUCCCAACACUUUUUUUCUGCCUGAGUCCAGUUUGGGGACUUUUAUUUUGCACUGUGUAACUGCUGCCAGCUUCUCCUCUCCUGACCCUGCUCCCAGAUUGCAGCCUCCCUGCAGUGUCUCUGCCCUCUCCAUCUUCCCAGCCUGCUGCAUGCAUGUGCAGCAUGGGGAUUUGCUCCAUCACUGCAAAGUUCUGCAGAGGUCCUGGGCAGUGGUGGCCUGUCUGAUGUGCUGUGUGCCGCCCUUGGCCUCAUUGCUCUCCACCUAUGGAAGCACACCUGCUUCCUUUGCUGUCUGUGCAAAUGUUGAACAAGGAGACAGACACACACUAAUUCUCAGCUUAGCACAGAGCUGGAGAGCUGAUUUCUGGAAUGUUCUAUUUGAGAAUUGCCCUUUUUGGGGUUUGUCUGUUCUAUCUCCUGCCUACCAUGAGGCAUCUUCAACUGUUUCUUCGACUGCUGGAUUUUCUGUUUCCUUUCCCCUGGUGUUGUUUUGAGUGUAAUGACUCACACGUGUCCUGCUAUCGAGAGAGGUCAGGAAUGCACCUGAGGAUGUGGUGGGCACCCAGGCUGUGAAUCAAGACGGAUGGAGCAGACAGCAGUGGCAAGUCAAGGGAAGCCAGUCUUCACUGUAAAAACCUGCAGAGGCUAUCCUAGUGGAUGGAGCAUGACCUCCUGAAGGGCAACAUCUGUGGCUGAGUCAGGUGUCCAGAUGACAGCAGGCUUUGUCCUGGAACCUGGAACCUCAUAUACCUCGUGGUACUUUUGCCUUAGAUUUUACACCCUCAAGAGCCAAGCACUGCCACGGGGCAGCCAUCUUGUCAUGUGUGCUCCAGAGCCUAGGAAUAGAAGGCACAACCCAGCUGGAACAGCCCUGCCCUGGCACUGGCCCAGCUUCUAAAUAGAACUCUGUGGGUAAUCCCAAGUAUUCUAGAAGUUGGGGGGCAGGCUGCCUCCCUUGUGUGUUCUGCUGGGGCUCCAGAGCAUGGGGUCAGCAGGUGUCAUUCCCAGCUUGGCAACCUAUUGCUUGGUACUAGAAAGACUUAUUCCCAAAACACCAUUUCCAGUCCGUGGCAAUUAGCAGGGAAAGGUGCUCCUGUCACAGGGCCUUGAGCUAGACGCAGCUUCCUGGAUCUUCUGUGUGGCAGAGUUGAUUCUUGGCCCUCAGGAUUGGGGAGACCAGCUCUCAUUGUGUGUGCUCAGGGCUAAGUCUAAACAUGGGUUUGCUGGCCCCCAAGCUGUUGUUUGCUAGGUGAAAGGCAGGGCUUUCAGGUCUUGUUCAUACCUGUUGCCUUUGACAGAACGGUACAGUUUGUGCAUACAGGAGAAAGGAAUGCCAACUUCCCAACUGCCUAUUAGCAGUUUAAGAAGGAGCCUUGCUGUCUCAAACAGGUGAAAGAAAAUGUCUCUGAGUGUAGAGGUCACAUCAUCUAGCCACGGUCUUGGCACUCAGGUGCUGGUGUGUGGCAUUCUUGCUUCCAAAGAAUUGACAGUAACAAAUUAUCAAAGCCCAUCAAAACAGUGCCUCCUGUCUCUUUGAAACAAGGAAUGUUGGCUUCUGGGCAUUAGCUACUGCAGCCCCCAGGUUGCUUAGACAAUGUAACAGCAGGAAGGCUGGAGGAGGAGCUGCGAAAUAUUAAAGGUUGCUAUUAUUUAUAAAUUCCACCCCAAGUGGGGCAAGUCAGGUGCCAGACCUGAACUGAGGUGCACCAAGGAAAUAUCUGGUGUUUCUUCUGAGACGGGGGCCAUGCAGCCCCAUCACUACCAGCAGGGCACCAGGAGACAGGGUCCAGGAAUCCCAGGCAUGCCUGUGCUUGCUUGGGCAGUGAACGAGGGCUGCCAGUUUUUGCUGAUAAGGUAGGAUGGGACCCCUAAUAAGUUGGUAUGGAUAUAUUUUUUUUGUCUCUGUUCCAUUUAAACUUAAUGUAGAUUAUUAUAAAUUGAUGUAAACCAUGUGAGAGGGAAAUGUUAAUAAAAAAAAUAACUGCAAAGCCCCAACAUUUGCACAAAACUCA